AUGAGUGCUCCGGUACCUGGCCACAUGAACACCAUGAAGGAAGCCGUCGGGGCGGCGGAGAAGCGGGCGCGGGAUGCGCUGCGUGCGAUGAGGCCCGCGGCCCCGAGCGGCACCAACUGGAUGCCGCUGUUCCGGGCGCUGGCCUCGGCGAGCACGCGGUUCGAGGACAUCAACACGUCUGGGGCGCUGCGGCGGUGGCAGAACCAGGAGAAGUACGGGCACAACCUGCCGGGCCACAUCAUCCGCGAGAGGGACGGGAGGCGCAAAACGGUGCAGCCGCCGCCGGGGAGCGGGUCGUGGCAACACGUGUGGUACGUGCCGGAGUGGACGCACCCGAACUACGACCCGGCGUACACGGUGUCGUACUCGAAGGGGGGCACGCACAUCAACUCGCACGACCCGAUCGCGAGAUUGCGGCCGGCGUUGCGCCCCGAGGACGCGGUGAGGAACCCGACGGAGUGGGCCAAGAGGUUCGGCAUCCACCCGGACGAGACGGGCGGCCGAAGCCGGCUCAGCCCUACGUUCUCUGAUACGCGUGACCCCUUUGUUGACUAUGCGAACCAGAUCAACAACCUGACGCCCGAGCAAAGAGCGCGCGCCAUCGAGGAGACGCGCGAGGCGGCACGGCAGGCGGGCGCGCUGGUGCCGUCGGCGGACUACAUCGACGUGCAGAUAUUAGAAAACCUACUAGCGCAGGAGGGGUACUUGUCCGGCGCGCAGCUGCGGGAGACGCUGCAGGGGUACCUGGGCCCCGGCCCGGCCCCGAUGAGCCUCGACCGGCUGGUGGAGCUGCUCAACGGCCAGGACAAGAACAUCGUGGCGUCGCACGCUAGUUUCAUUAGGAACGCGCAGGCCGACCAGGACUACCAGUCCCUGAUUUUCCACGACCUGACGAGCGACGAGCUGGUGACGGAGGGGAUAUUCACCAUGACGAAUGAUAUUGGGUUUGGGGAUUUGGACGAGGAGAUUCAUGGCCUCUUUGCAAGAUCGAGAUGGGAAAACACUUCUUGGAAAGGAGCGAUGAAAUUCUUCCCACGUUAUUUGUAUAGUCUCGACGGCAAGAGGGAAGAGUGGGAUGUUAGCACCAACGAUACUCUAUGGGAAGCCCUGCAACCCGCAUUACGGCUCGCCUCGAAAAUAAUACGGACCCAACCUCCCCUUCUGCUUGGCCUCAUGGACAUGAGAACGCGACAGCCGCUGCCACGGGAGCUAGAUGCUCGAAAGAAGCUCAACACCAGACCGAGCAUGCCGACGUACCGCCUGCAGAAGCAUAUAGACAUGGCCCUGACGUAUCCCGAAAUACGGCAGCUGGAAGCGUUAGGAUUCGAUUGGGUGCACGAGACGAUGCAGGUCCUGCUGGAGAAAUUGACACUGGAUAUCGGAAGUGCUUGGAUUCUGCAAGGCGAAAGCGACGCUGCUGAUGCGGUAGAUGGGGUGCACGAGGUGGAUUAUAUGACGUAUGGCAACACCCAAUGCUUUGACAACGGCCCGGAUACGAAGAUAUCCAUGGUCAUAGCCGGCGAUAUCAUCUGGCCGUUGCUCUCGCCCCAUUUCAGCGCAAGCGAGAAGAUGACGUGCUCCUUUUCGAUUGCCUCGACCUUGAUACACGAACUUGCUCACGCUGUUGUUUUCGCCCAAAGCGUACUCACGGAUGUCACACAUGUCCGCGAGAAAUUCCACCCGGACGCCCAGGCUCUCCUUUCGGCUUUCUCGAAAAACUUAUGGGACCAAGACGAAACCAACGAGCCGCACUGGGAGACUAGAGGAUGCGCGGAGGUGGGGUUCGACAUCGAGAUGUCGAUGUGGGGGGCGGUGCCGCUGAACCUGCUGGGCCUCGAGAACCACCUGCAGAACUGCCGGAUGCUGAUGGCCAAUCCGCUGAUACUCGUGGGCACGCCCUGGCCUUUCCAAGCCAACAUCCAGGGCAAGCGCGUCGUCUCCCCUAUCCGCGGCGCCCCGUAUCCCUUGGAGGGGUACUGCACCCCGAUCCCCCUCGACUGGAUAGCCAAGUUCUUCACCAAGAAAUUCUGGCAAACGGAGUUUCUGGUAAUGGGACACGAGGCGCUCAAGCUGAACGCCAACAACUUUCGCAAGACGGUCAUGAACCCGAUGCAAAUAAGCUUUGACGAAAUCAAGAAAAUCGUCGGCAAUAGAGACUACAACUACGUAAAAUUCACCCUCGACGUCCUCCACGACAAUGGCCACAUCAUACUUUCCGAGUAUCUGCGCUGCAAGCUGGCCCAGCUAGCCAUCCCCCACUCGUACCUCUUCCGUUGGAGCUGGGAGAUUCGCAACUGGAGAGAGCCCUUGAUAUCGCAACUGGAGCCCAGCGUGGUAAAGUUGAACAAGACCAUCACGGCGGGUGCCGCCAUCGGCCAUGUCAGGUGGGGAAACCAUCAGCUACAGGUGGCCGAGUACAACAAAUACGUGCAGAGACAACAGGCAAGAGCCGCGCAGGGAACCGCAAGGUUUCAGACGGUAAACUUCCAGGGGUGGUACCGCCACGCGGGCAACGAGUGGAACGGGUUUUGGCGGGACGGGGGCCACGUCAUGAGAGACAUGAUGCCGGUAUGGAGGCUUAUGUUGCAGGAUAUCGCGCAGAUGCAGCGCAUGAUCGUCGAUUUCUACAGCAUGGUUCCCGAUGCCCGGGCCCGAAUCUACACGGGGAUGGGCGAGGCUGAUCAAGGUCCCAUGGGGGCCAUAUACUUGCGCAUGGGGUAUUUUCGCAAAGUCGCCAGUGACUAUCUGAGAUUGGGCGAUUACAUGUCUCAUUCAACCUCGUAUGGCAUACCCCAAGACAAGUGGGCGGAGUGGGGUGCUCGCUUCCGCGCCUGUUAUCAGGGCUACUCGGAAUUGCUCGGCACCCUGGGGGAGGACCCAACGUUCAACCCGGAGGACCCCAGCUGGAAAGCGCGGUUCUCCGGCGUGCCGUCGUCGUACUGGAAGAAUCGCUGCGACAGGCUCGCCGUCCUGGCCAACAAAGAGUACGCCCGGCUCGACUCCAGAAUACGCCCUUACAUCGACAGAUGCGAAGAGAUCCUCCGGAACAAAGACCUGCAUUUUGUAGACUCUAGCGCGGCCCUCGUGCCACAGGCGGACGUAGACUGGAUCCUCUCCGUCGUCCGAGACUCGAGGGCCCUCGGCAACCAACCACCCCAAGACACCACCGGCCUCGGGAUCUUCCACUGGGAAGUCCCAGAGACUGCUACUGACCCAACGAACCCACCGCCCCCACCGCUCCCAGCGGAUAUAUCGAAUCCUCCAGACAUCGGGGACCCAAUGAACCCAGCCCUUCCCCCUCCCAACACGCCGUUCGGCAUCGUCUUCGGCGAGUCGAGCUUCAACUUCCAACUAAGCGCCGCCCCCCCGAUCCGUCAAGAACCGAAACGGCGCACGCCUCUCCCGGGACCACCAUCGGAAAGGGGGUUAGGGAGAGGGAAAGGAGUAUCGGGAAGCGGGAUGGGAAGCGGGGUGGGUAGAGGGCGAGAGCGAGGGCGAGGGCGAGGGCGAGGUGGAGGAGUAUCCCGCAACACGCCCCAGUCCUCGCGCGUACUGCGAAGUCAUAAAAGGGCGGGUGUGCAGCAUCCGCAGACGAUACGGACGGAGAGUCAGGCGCCGGCGGCGACGCUGGCAGGGCCGGAGGCACAUGCACAGGCGCAAGCACAGGAACAGCAGCGACCGCGGCCGCAGCAGCCACCGGCGCCGACGCGGCAGGCACAGGAACAUCAGGCACGGCAAAGCUGGUGGCGGCAGGGACACCUGCGGCAGCAGGGACGACGCCCGGCCGCGGGAGGAUUCUCACGUUACGCCAACAACGCCGACGUAGGCUCCGCCUUCAUCCAAACGGUGGACCGAUCCGGGGCGCUGGGCGAGCUGCUGAACAUCGGGAUCCCGUCGACGACGAUCCAGUCGGCGAUGGAUGAGCAGCAGAGACGGCAGGCGGAGGCUGAGGGGUCUAUUGCCCCUGCCGCGUCUGGGGACCCAGGGGUAGGAGCAGCAGGAGCAGCAGCAGCGGCAGCAGGGGCGGCAGCCGCAGACAUAAACACGGUCCCCUCCAUAUUCCGCCCCCAGGAACCGGGCGAACUGCGUCUCCCCACAAUGUACCCGCACGCCUUCGCGGACCCAACAACCACGGACCAAAGCCUCGAGUACGAAGCGCAGAUGAAUGCGGAGGCAGCCCAGCACGCAGCGAACGGAGCGCUGAUGUAUAUGGGGGGGGUCUACAACCCCCAGCCGGACCCGUACAGGGCUCCAGGGACGUAUCGGGAGGCGAGCGUGAGUUCGGAUGAGGAUGUGAAUGUGAAUGUGAAUGUGAAUGUGGCGGGUUUUGGCAGGGGUAUUAGGUAGGCCACCUAGCUAUUGAUGAUGAAGGGGGGGGGUUGGGGUUGAAAAGAUGAAUUAUGACGAACAAUGAAAUAGAGAAGCCUGC